AGAGGAGAGGAGGGGGAGCUGAACGGAGCUGUGCGCGGUGACAGAGCCGGGUUUAAAGCAACAAAGGAAGAAGAAAAAACACCUCAAGUUGUUACUGCCGCUAAAGAAAUAAAGAUGAAAACAUCCUGAGGAUGGGCUGCACACGUUUGGAUUAAAAGUCUGCAUCAUCGCGCACUUGAAGGAGGAUUUUCACCACCAACUGGAGUAAAGGAAAAGAAAAUAGAUCCAAUCAAAGGAGGCGGACAGAAGAUCUGAAAGCAUGUCGUCAGAAAAGCACGGGCUCGAUGACUCUGGCCGUCAGACCAUGCAGCCUCCUCCGUACCUGCCCGGCCCACAGGACCCCAACAUGCCCCAGCACCCCAACAUGCCUCCCGCGCCGGGCACCCAGCCCAACUACCCUCCUCCGCCUCCUCCUCCGGGUUCAGAGGGAUACCUCCAAGAAACUCAGUUCCAGUGUGCCCCGAUGGGGCCUCCGGGAGCCCCGCAGGGCUACACUGUCCAGACCCAGGCUCCGGGAGGCACCAUGGCGCACCCUCCUGUGGGAUACCUCCACCCGGGCUACCCGCUUCAGCUGCAGCCGUGCACAGCUUACGUUCCCGUCUACCCCAUGGCAUCGGGUCAGCCCUACAUGCCGGCUGGAGGAACUCACCCGGGGAUCCCACCGGGCCAGAUUCACCCCAUGCAAAUGCCACCGAGCAUCACCCUAAUGGACCGCCGACCGCCGCACGACUACCUGCCCAUCGCCGUGCUCACCACCGUCUGCUGCUUCUGGCCAACAGGCAUCAUUGCGAUCAUCAAAGCAGUGCAGGUGCGUACGGCGAUAGCCAGAGGGGACAUGGUGACGGCGGAAAUAGCCUCCCGCGAGGCGCGCAACUUCUCCUUCAUCAGCCUGGCGGUUGGCAUCGCCUCCAUUGUGCUGUGCACCAUCCUCACCGUGGUAGUCAUCAUAGCAUCGCAGCACCACGAUGACGACUGGGAGCCGUAACUCCACUAUUAAGUCCUGCUGGGAAAUCAUGGCCUGUAUUAGCUAGCUAACUCUCAAUCAUUAUGAGGAUGUAGAAGCAUUAAAAAAAAUGCACUCAAAACUGCUGCUGGCCCUCUGCAUACAGCCACACACACACAGCUCUGACCUAACCUGCCGCCAUCACACACUCACAACCAACCACAGCUGUCGUCCAAAUGCAAACAGCUGUCAAACGAGGCCCAGCUUUGCUGUUAUCACAGCGGCCGCUUAAUAUUUACACCUAGAUAUGAGCUGCAGGAGGGAAACAAAGCUCCUUGCAUUAACAAUUCAUGUGAUGCUGAUUAAUUUAUACGUCCUUCACUGAUGUGUUUGGAUGAGAGGAUAGGCCGCUGUGUGUGUGUUACAUAUUUUAGCAGCAAAAUUGACCAAGUGGCGACCCCCACGGUUGAUGAAAUUUCAGAUGCCUCAUUUUAAAAAAAAAAAAAAGGUUUAUUUAGCAUAUUUAAGUCUCGCUGGUGCAGAUAUACAUGUGUUCUCUUCUUUAUGCGUGCCAUGUGGAAGCAGUGUUGAUUUGCAGUGUAGAAGUGUCAGAGGGGGUAGUCGAUGUACAUUUAUAACAUGCCAAAUGCAGACUGGACUGACCAAUCAGAGUAUAUAUUUCUGUUUAUGUAUUAUAUCGACACUUAUCUGUUUAAAAUGAUACUA